CGCGCCGGCCGGCGGCCGUGGGUCCCGAGCCGCGCUCCGACCGGCCCGCCUUCAGCCUGUCCAUGGCGCUGCAGAUGCAGGCGGAUGGCGACAAGGAGCGCUGGAGCAAGGUGCCGCCUCUGCAGAAGAAUUUCUACAAGGAGGACCCGGCCGUGGCGGCUAUGCCGGACGACGAGGUGGCGCGGGUCCGCGCCGAGAUGAACGACGUGCACGUGAGCUGCGACGAGAAGGACGCGCCGCUGCCGAACCCGGUGACGACGUUCGAGCAGGCGUUCGCCGCCUACCCGGAGAUCCUGGACGAGCUGGUCAAGGUGGGCUUCGAGAAGCCGACACCGAUCCAGGCCCAGGGCUGGCCCGUGCUGCUCUCCGGUCAGGACAUGAUCGGCAUCGCGCAGACCGGCUCAGGGAAGACGCUGGCGUUCCUGCUGCCGGCGCUGAUCCACACAGAUCUGCAGCCGAUCCCGCGCGAGGAGCGCGGCGGUCCCAACGUGCUGGUGCUGGCGCCCACCCGCGAGCUGGCUCUUCAGACCGAGAAGGAGGUCAAACGGUACAACUACAAGGGGAUCCGGAGUGUUUGUGUGUACGGCGGCGGCGACCGACGCACGCAGGUCAAGGCCGUCUGCUCCGGGGUCGAGAUCAUCAUCGCCACGCCGGGCCGACUCAACGACCUGGUUCAGGCCGGGUUCAUUGACGUGACGUCAGUCACCUAUCUGGUGCUGGACGAGGCGGACCGCAUGCUGGACAUGGGCUUCGAGCCGGAGAUCCGCAAGGUGCUGCUGGACAUCCGGCCCGACCGGCAGACCGUCAUGACCAGCGCCACCUGGCCGGUGGACGUGCGCCGCAUCGCCGACAAGUACAUGCAGACGCCCAUCCACGUGGUGGUCGGCACGCUGGACCUGCAGGCCUGCCGCACCGUCGAACAGAUCAUCGUCUUCUGCCGCGACGAGGAGGAGAAGAAGGAAAAGUUGGACGAGUACCUGUACAACAUGGGACCCGAUGAGAAGAUUAUCGUCUUCUUUGGCCGGAAGGCUAAGGCCAGCCAGCUCUCCAUAGACUAUGGUGUGAACGGCGUGGACCUGCAGAGUAUCCACGGUGACCGGCCGCAGGAGGAGCGCGAGAUCGCCAUCGAGGACAUGCAGUCGGGCUCAUGCCGCGUGCUGUUCGCCACCGACGUGGCGUCGCGUGGCAUCGACAUCGCCGACGUCACGCUGAUCGUCAACUUCGACUUCCCGCGCCACAUCGAGGACUACGUGCACCGGGUGGGCCGGACGGGCCGGGCCGGCAAGACCGGUCGGGCCGUGACGUUCAUGGUGCGCGAGGACUGGCGGCACGCGGCCGAACUCAUCGAGAUACUGCAGAAGAACCAGGCGGAGGUGCCCGACUGGCUGGUCGAGAUGUCGGAGCGGUUCAGCCGGAUGAAGGAGCGGCGCGCGGGCCGAGGCGCGCAAGACCUCGAGCUGAGCUCCGACGGGUCCGGCACCCACACCAGUCGCUCCGGCGGCCAGCGCUACUUCGUGGCGUACCCGGACGCCGCGUCGGCGCCCGAAGUGGCGGAGCGCGAGCGGCAACGGCAGGCGCAGCUAAUCCACUACGUCACGGCGCUGACGAACCAGGGACUCCACUCCGACGGCAAGCGGCGGCCCCAUGCAAACGCGGCGGCGGAGGGGGCCAGCACGGCCCGGCCGACCACCGAGGAACCGAGCACGAUCGCCGUGUCGGCCGAGGGUGAUGACGCAGCACCGUCCUCCACCGAGAGCGACGCGAAGUUCUCUGACAGCUUGCGGCAGUUCACCGAAAGUCUGCGCCGGCUCUCCGUCAACUCGGCAGAAAGCACGACUCAGGACGUCGUGACGAAACCCUCGCAUCGCAGGCAGCAGUCGCACGCGGCCCAGGAAAACGAGGUCGACGUGGACGGCCCGCACAAUUUGCCGGAUGUCGAGAGCGCUGGGUCAUCGCCGGUCGUCAGCACCGUGCAGGUCACCACGAGGCCGCUCCACGAGCUGUAUCAGGUCCUGACACAGACCCAGGGACAGAACCAGAGCUACGGGCCGGCCUCCCGCCAGCUGGCCCGGCUCGAACAGCGACCCACGGAGCGCAAGGUGCCGUCCAAGAUCGAGCUGGAGUCGGGCUUUCAGCCGAUCAUGCCCGACUCGCCGUUCCUCCCGGGGGUGGCGCCGUCCGCCCCGCCGCCGACGGGGUUCGAGGCGGUCGCCACGCCCGGCCCGAGCGGCGGCACGUUCGUCAGUGGCCCGCGCAAGCCGUCCCGGCUCACGCCGGGCGUCCCGCCGGGCCCGGGCGCCGUCACCACGCAGCGGGUCGUCGGUCUGGGAAACUUCGCGCCGGAGCGGAGUCCGUUCCGCCAGAGUCUGCAGGCGCGGCCCCGCAGCCCGGCCGGCGCGUCAGAGCGGGUCGACACCUGGCGCCACCCGGCGACGGUCGCCAGUACCCUACACCUCAGUCGGGAUUGA